CUUUCUUUUCUUUUCUUUUUUUACUUCUCCUCGCUUUGGUAUCGAGCGGGGGGUUGCCUUUAAAUUCUAACGAGGAAAGAGAGCGAGAAGGCAUCAAGCUUUUCUUUGCUCCUCCUUAAGUGUUUCUAUAGGGUUUUAAUUCGUUCUUCUCAUUACCUCUCUUUUAACCUUUCUCUUUUUUGCUUGCUCUCUUUGUUUUUCGAGAUCUGUGCGUUUUCUUCUUUUCAAUUAGCUUCUUGAAAGCUUUAUUUUCUUAAGAACAGGAAACCGCUGAAGAGAUGGCACCACCAAUUGAGACUCCAACCAAGUCGUCUGGCUCUCACCACGCUUCACAUCCUCCUUUGAAUGAAAGGAUUCUUUCAUCGAUGAGCAGAAGGUCUGUUGCUGCUCACCCAUGGCAUGAUCUUGAGAUUGGACCUGGAGCUCCAAUGGUUUUCAACUGUGUGAUUGAAAUCCCAAAAGGUAGCAAGGUGAAAUAUGAACUUGACAAGAAAACUGGUCUGAUCAAGGUUGAUCGUGUGCUUUACUCAUCAGUUGUGUAUCCUCACAACUACGGAUUCAUCCCUCGCACUCUUUGUGAAGACAAUGAUCCCAUGGAUGUCUUGAUCAUUAUGCAGGAACCAGUUAUUCCAGGAUGCUUUCUUCGCGCUAAAGCUAUAGGUCUGAUGCCUAUGAUUGAUCAGGGUGAGAAAGAUGACAAGAUUAUUGCUGUCUGUGCCGAUGAUCCUGAGUAUCGUCACUACAAUGAUAUCAAGGAACUUCCACCUCACCGCCUGGCUGAAAUCCGUCGCUUCUUUGAAGACUAUAAGAAGAAUGAGAACAAAGAAGUUGCUGUUAAUGACUUUCUGCCUGCCUCUACUGCAUACGAGGCAAUCCAACACUCCUUGAAUCUCUACGCGGACUACAUCGUGGAGAGCUUGAGGCGGUAGUUCUCGGUUCACCGUGCCCCGUCUAUAUACAAAUAUAUAUUAAUAUGAAUAUGAAUAUGUUGCUACUAUACAAGAAAUUCAUCGUCUCCUUGUGCGGGCAGAAACACCCUGCACUCACUGGUUUUGCGACAAAGAAAAUGUGUUUUUCAUUUUAUAGGUGACAUGGCUGUUUGGUGUUUUAUGACAAUUAUGCAAUGAUGGCGAUAAUUUUAGAUAAUUCUCACUGUAAUGAGUGAUUGCUACAUUCCAUUAUCUAUUAAUUUUUUUGGUUCUAUUUUGGGUUA